AUGUCGUCCACCGAGUCUCCCGCUACCGCCCCCGCCGAGGCCGUCCCUGCCUCCAACGCCGCUCCCGCCGCCGAGCAGCAGGCUGCCGGCAACAACGAGCAGCGCAACAACGCCGAUGCUGCCAACAACAUCUCGCUCUACGUGGGUGAGCUCGACCCCUCGGUCACCGAGGCCAUGCUCUUCGAGAUCUUCAGCAUGAUCGGCCCCGUCGCCAGCAUCCGUGUCUGCCGUGACGCCGUCACCCGUCGCUCGCUCGGCUACGCCUACGUCAACUUUCUCAACGCUGCUGACGGUGAGCGCGCCAUGGAGCAGCUCAACUACUCGCUCAUCCGCAACCGCCCCUGCCGUAUCAUGUGGUCGCAGCGUGACCCCGCCCUCCGACGCACCGGUCAGGGCAACAUCUUCAUCAAGAACCUCGACGCCGCCAUCGACAACAAGGCCCUUCACGACACCUUUGCGGCCUUUGGCAACAUCCUCUCGUGCAAGGUUGCCACCAACGAGACUGGCUCGCUCGGUUACGGUUUCGUUCACUACGAGACCGCCGAGGCUGCUGAUGCCGCCAUCAAGCACGUCAACGGAAUGCUCUUGAACGACAAGAAGGUCUAUGUCGGCCAUCACAUUCCCCGCAAGGAGCGUCAAGCCAAGAUCGAGGAGUCGCGUGCCAACUUCACCAACAUCUACGCCAAGAACGUCGACCCCGAGGUCACCGACGACGAGUUCGAGAAGCUCUUCACCAAGUACGGCAAGAUCACCUCGUGCGUUCUCCAGCGCGACGAGGACGGCAAGUCCAAGGGCUUCGGUUUCGUCAACUUCGAGGACCACAACGAGGCCCAGAAGGCCGUCGACGAGCUUCACGACUUUGAGUUCAAGGGCCAGAAGCUCUUCGUCGCUCGUGCUCAGAAGAAGAGCGAGCGUGAGGAGGAGCUCCGCCGCUCGUACGAGGCAGCCAAGAACGAGAAGCUCGCCAAGUUCCAGGGCGUCAACCUCUACCUCAAGAACAUCCCCGAGUCGUACGACGACGAGCGUCUGCGUGAGGAGUUCGCCCCCUUCGGCACCAUCACCUCGUGCAAGAUCAUGCGCGCUACCUCGGGUGUCUCGCGUGGCUUCGGUUUCGUCUGCUACAAUGCCCCUGAGGAGGCCAACAAGGCUGUCUCGGAGAUGAACGGCAAGAUGCUCGACAACCGACCCCUCUACGUCGCUCUCGCCCAGCGCAAGGACGACCGUCGCCAGCAGCUCGAGGCUCAGAUCAUGCAGCGCAACCAGCUGCGUCUCCAGCAGCAAGCCGCCGCUCAGGGCAUGGGCUACCCCGGCCCCGGCAUGUACUACCCCCAGCCUGGUGCCUUCCCUGGCCAGCCCGGCGGUAUGAUGCCCCGCCCCCGCUACGCUCCUGCUGGCAUGAUGCCCCAGGGCAUGCCCAUGGCCCCUUACGGUCAGCCUGGCCAGUUCCCCGCUGGCAUGAUGCCCCAGGGCUACCGCCCUGCCCGCCCCCCUCGCGGUGCCCCCAACGCUGCCGGCGGCCCUGUCCCUCCCGCUGGUGCUCGCCCUCCCACCGGCGUCAACGGUGCUCCUCGCCCUGCUGGCCAGCCCGUUCCCGGUCAGCCCAUGCCCCGUGGCCCUGCCGCUCGUCCCGCCGGCCGUCCUGACGCUGGUCAGCCCGGUACCCUGACCGCUGCCGCCCUUGCCAAGGCCGGCCCCGAUGAGCAGAAGCAGAUGCUCGGUGAGGCCAUCUACCCCAAGGUCGCCGCCAGCCAGCCCGAGCUCGCCGGUAAGCUCACCGGUAUGAUCCUCGAGCUGCCCGUCACGGAGCUCCUCCACCUCCUUGAGGAGAGCGAGGCUCUGGACGCCAAGGUUAACGAGGCCCUCGAGGUUCUCAAGGAGUACCAGCAGAACGAGCCCGAGACUGAGGCCGAGGCCCCCAAGACCGAGGCCUAA